CCGUAUCAUCCUGCCGAUGACUGUGGAUGAGUACAACAUUGGUCAACUGUGGUCUGUGGCGGAGGCUUCCAAAAACGAAACCGGUGGUGGUGAGGGUAUCGAAGUGUUGGCGAAUGAACCGUUUGAUGAUGAACAUCACACGCCCUCUCCACCACUAACCGCACAGGUACAAUCAUUUGAAACUGGCCAGUACACACACAAAAGGUUCCAUCUGGUCAACAAAAUUCUCGUCUACGUACGCGUCCUGGCUCCAAAGAGUUCCUUGGAAAUUGACGAACAUGCUUGGAACAUCUACCCUUACUGCCGGACUAUUCUGGAGAACCCAACCUACAUGAGAUGGAUUUUCACUUAAAAUCCAAUCCAUAUAUGUCCAAGACAAGAC